AUUGGUGUUGAUAGAUGCAGCGAUUGUAAUUGGGAGAACCACGCCUACGAGAUUCCAUCAGUAUCGUUACACCGCUUACGGCACUGCGCUGGAUUGCUUCAAGGCAGUCACUGACGACCUCACGUGCUGGCGAUGGCUCACCCAGUGGCUUGUACGAUUCCAAUGGACCCCAGAGAGGAGGGCGAAGGAGGGAGCAAGGAGUGCAAGGCAACCAUCAAACAAUGGGCUCAGGACAUCUUGUCCUACUCAAGCCAGUACGGACAGAACAGAUGGAAGGCGACUGAUGUUUUGGGCCCACCGCGGGUCUAUCCGCACUAUGGGGACAUAGAUAAGGCCUGGUCCCCGGGUACUCAUACCGCCAAUGAAUACCUGAAGAUGACCUUCGAAAGGGCUGUGUACGUGACCAGGAUAGACGUCUACGAGACAUUCCACGCUGGCGGCGUCAAGAAGAUCGACCUGCUUCAUCCGUCUGGGGAAUGGGUCCAGGUGUGGCAGACCGAGAAGGUCAGCAAUAUAGAACAGAGUCGGAUAUUUACACCACCGCUUGAUCUCUCGAAAGUAAAUUUCAAAACGAAUGCUGUAGCAGUUUACAUCGAUUGUAGUAUAGCUGGUACGUGGGUACAGAUAGAUGCUAUCCAGCUCUAUGGGAUGUUGCAUGACGUUGGUAGCCAGCCCUCCAUGACGAAUCUAUCCGAAGACUACCAUUCUCUCGUCAACAGUGAACGGUUCAGUGAUGUUCAGUUCGAGGUGGAGGGGCAGACCUUCUAUGCCCAUCGCAAUGUCCUCGUCAGUCGGAGUGACUACUUCAGGGCCAUGUUCUGUGAUGGACUCAGGGAGUCUGCUAGUCAGAAUACGAUUCGCAUGCCGGACAUUAGCCCAGAAGCUUUCUUAGCCAUGUUGGAAUUCAUAUACUCAAACAAAAUAUGGUCGAAGUUGGAUUCGUUUACCUUGGUAGAAUUAAUGAGAGUUGCAGACAUGUUUUCCCUGGACGGCCUAAAACAGGUGGUAAGAGGAACACUCGCAAGCGAUAUCACCACGGAGAAUGUUGUACAGAUCUACACAGAGGCAUCAACCAAAUUGCCAGUCUUAGACGACAUCCGCACGAUGUGCCUCGAUUUCAUAUCGGAGAACUUUGAAGAAGUCACGAAGAGUGCCGCGUUCUGUGAUCUUCCGCAGGCGAUCAUGUUGGAGGUGGUGCAGAACGCAGCCAAGAACAUCAAAUGAGACUGAACUGUUCACAGAGCAACAGUUAUCAUAACAGCUGUUUGGAAGCCAUGAUCAGUGGAUUACAUUACAAUGUACAGCAUAUACAUGUAUACUUACGAUAAUAAU